AGGCACACACGACUCUAUCUAUAUAGGCUUCAGAGGGAACAGAAGCAGCACCCCGACAACGUUCAGUUUAAAAAAAUCCGGCCAUAGGCAACGUUCCGUCUUGCGGAGAGUUUGCAGAAAAUAUGGAAUCGAAAGCUCAAGGAACUGAUAAUGGCAACUACUCGGGCACAGUACUUUACAAUGUGUUGUCCAAGGAAAGGGCACUCAGAUGGAGACUCGCCUGGUACUAUGCGGUGGCCUUCCUGCUCCUCUGGGUGGCACUCUUUUACGCUGUCGUGAUACCGCUCUUCCAUCGCCUACCGGAAAAAAUAACCAUUGCACAGGAGUCACUUAAACCCGGAGAAUUUGUGGUAGAGAGAGCGCAGAAUAUGCUUUACCAAUUCGAUCGCAUUGGACCCAAAGUCGUUGGCAGUGUGGCGAAUGAGGUGACAACAGUUGCCUUUCUCGUAGAUGCUGUACAUAAUAUUCGCAGUGAAAUGCGCAGCGAUCUCUACGAGCUGGAGGUGGAUGUGCAACAGCCAACAGGGUCCUUUACAAUUGGGACAAUGACCAGCAUGUAUCAUGGCAUCCACAAUGUGGUUGUCAAACUCAGCUCGAAAAGCUCCAACAGCUCGUCGUAUCUCCUGCUUAACAGUCACUUUGACUCGAAACCGAGCAGUCCAGGUUCCGGCGACGAUGGAACCAUGGUGGUGGUCAUGCUGGAGGUGCUGCGUCAAAUGGCCAUAUCGGAAACACCCUUUCAACAUCCCAUAGUCUUUCUGUUCAACGGUGCCGAGGAGAAUCCACUGCAAGCGUCUCAUGGAUUCAUCACCCAACACAAAUGGGCAGCCAACUGCAAGGCCGUUAUCAACUUGGAAGUGGCUGGCAGUGGGGGACGUGAUCUACUAUUUCAAAGCGGUCCCAACCAUCCUUGGUUAAUGCAGUAUUAUAAACAUCAUGCUAAGCAUCCGUUUGCCACUACCAUGGCUGAGGAGAUCUUUCAGUUUGGAAUGCUGCCAUCUGACACAGACUUUAGAAUUUUCCGCGAUUAUGGUCAGGUGCCUGGUCUUGAUAUUGCACAAAUUGACAACGGUUACGUCUACCACACUGUCUUUGAUAACUUUGAUGCCGUACCAGGACGUUCCGUACAGAGCACUGGUGAAAAUGUCCUGUCGCUAGUACGGGCCUUUGCCAAUGCCAGCGAGAUGUACGACACGGAGGUGCAUAGCAAAGGCCAUUCCAUCUUCUUCGAUUUUCUCGGUCUCUUUUUUGUGUCCUACUCCGAGAAAACUGGGAUAAUCCUCAACUGUGUCAUUGCCGUGAUCAGCCUGAUUCUGGUGGGAGUUUCCUUGUGGAGAAUGGCCCUCGCGUCUGAGGUGACAGCUGGUCAGAUAUCUGUUUGGUUCCUCAUCAUCCUAGGGCUCCAUGUGGUGGGGUUCGGACUCUGCCUUGGGCUGCCCCUGCUCAUGGCCGUACUGUUCGACGCCGGCGAUCGAUCUUUGACCUACUUCAGCAGCAACUGGCUGGUGAUUGGCCUCUAUGUGUGCCCGGCAGUCAUUGGCCUGGUGCUUCCACUGACCCUCUACUACACGCUCAAGCCAAACGGACAGUUAAGCCAUGCCUACCAUCUGCACAUGAGUUUACACGCUCAUUGCGUUAUCCUGGCCUUCUUUGCCAUCAUCUUGACUGCAAUAGGGCUGCGCAUACCGUACGUCUGCAUGGUAUCGAUGUUUUUCUAUGCUGCCGCCUUGCUGAUUAAUCUGCUGAAUUGCUUACAUGAUCGCGGGUACUACUGGGUAUUGAUUGUGGAAAUUUUCCAGCUGAUGCCGUUCGUAUACUUCUGCUACCUCUUCUAUACAUUUCUCGUGGUCUUCUUUCCAAUGAUGGGCCGAAACCGAGACUCAAUCAAUCCCGACGUGCUCAUAGCCUUGAUUUGCGCUCUGGGAACUUUUUUUGCUUUGGGAUUUGUGGUUCCCCUAAUAAACAUGUUUCGCUGGUCUACUCUAGUAUUACUCGGCCUUGGAGUUGUCACCUUUGUAUUCAGUAUGAUUGCUGUCACGGACAUUGGUUUUCCCUACCGCCCCAAUACCAAUGUGAUGCGGGUGAACUUCCUGCACACUCGUCGCAUUUUCUAUGAAUACGAUGGCUCCGUGAGUGUAAAUGAUUCUGGGUAUUACUUCGACUACCAGGACAGGCGAGCUCUGCGCCCUCUUAUGCAUUCAUCCGUCAAUUUGACCGGGCUAACGUCCAUAGAGCCCUACUGCGACAAGUACGUGGUGUGCGGUAUGCCCUGCUUCUGGAGCAGCUGGUGCAGAGCUCUUUCCAGCGCUGCCUGGCUGCCCCGAGACCAGGAAGUUAUUGCACCCGCCAACUUAAGGUUAGAGCUCUUGGAUAAAUCAGUUAUCGUGGGGGGAAAAACCGUGAGAUACGCAUUCGAGCUGGCCGGUCCGCCGCACAUGAGUCUGUUUAUACGACCACGGAAAGGGGUCGUUAUCGAGGACUGGUCCUUCAUUAGAAAUAUGCUGGACGAGCCGGAGAAAUACUCUGCGCCAUAUCAAAUAUACUUUUCAUACGGCCCGAGCAGUGCGCCCAUAAACUUUCACAUUGAUUUCGCAACAUCCGACGGAGAUCUCGAUGCACCGAUCUUUGAGCUAGGAGUUGUGGGUCACUUCGUUAGCUACGAUUUCCAGCGGGACGCCGAGAGUCUCAAAUUCAUGGCGGAUUUCCCAGACUUCGUUCAUGUUAUGGAGUGGCCGGCAUUAUUUAAGCGAUAUAUAUUCUGAAAUCUUGAAGAUCUUUAUAGACGUAGAUACUAGAUUAUGUAUUAUUUAUUGUGUCUUCCCCAGACGCUUGGAGUCGGGACUGAGAUAAGAAUUAUCGCGUUAAUAUAACAAAGCGUCAAGCGUCA